AGCUGAAUUCCUCUCCAGAUCACAAACAUGAAGUGGUUUACUGCACAUCUGUUGCUUUUUUUCUGCCUCUACGCCACGAGGGCUGUCCACGGAGAAUGCUGUGGUCGAACAUCAGAGGAGACAUAUCCUGCUGAUGAAAAGGUUCAGCAGAUUGUUGACAAACUGAAGCCUAGUGUUGAAUUGAAAACAGGGGCGAACUAUGAGGUUUUUAACGCCACAAGUUACAAGACUCAGCUGGUUGCUGGGACAAACUACUUCAUUAAGGUCCAUGUUGGUGGAGAUGAUUAUAUUCAUCUUCGUGUUUAUAAAAAACUCCCAGCUUAUGGAGGAGACAUUGAGCUGAGCUCCCUGCAGCUCUCCAAGUCCCACAACGACACCAUUGAGUACUUCUAUUAAGUACUUCUUAAAGCCUAACAGAAAAAGCAAGGAUCCAGCAACUGAUAGAAGUCAAGACAUCAAAUGCCAGCAUCUACUGAUUACAGUUUAAAGUGCACCUCAUGUAUAAGUAUCAAUAAAGACAUGUGCUUGUGUCAAAA